CAUGGAUCCAUCAAGUAGAGGGUUUCAGCUGCUGUCCUUAGCCCGAAAGAAAUUUAGAGAAAAAACCUCCAAAAGUAACCACCAUCCGCCUACACAAAAUAGACUUCUCAGUGAUGAUAAGGUAAGGAAGUGGUUGCAAAGGUCAAAACUUAGCUGCCACCAAGAGGAUAUAGAUUCACUACUGCCUGAAGACACUGAGAGUUAUGUAGCUAAUAGUGAGAUAGAAAGUGCAAACGUAGACGACGAUCAAUAUAUUCGAUAUAAAAGUAUAAAGGGUGUAAUGAUACAUGAGCAGCAGAAGACAAGUUCCAAAAUGCUCAAAAAUAAAGAAUGUGUAAAGCAAAGAAAUGGUGUAAAUGAUGUAGUAACAAGAGAGUGUAAUGAACGAAAAGAUGAAAGUAGUGUUCACGGGGGUGAACAACCUAUGAUAUUAAACCAAGCUGAACAAAAUACAUCUAUAGCCCAGCCCAUCACUCUACCAGAAGUAGAGUCAGGUGAUACAUCAGCAGACCAGGUCAUCAGUCCACUAGUAGCAGAGUCAGGUAUAUCAUAAAAACAGGGAUUUAUUUGAUCUGCCAUACUAUCACAUACUUUUCAGAAUCUGGAUGUAAUAGAAAAUUCUUUGUAAUAAAAUAAUAUGAAAAACUGAUCAAACAUAUAACUACUAAAAUUUCUAUAAACUAAAACAUUUAAAUAAUCAAUUUUUUUUAAAUUAAAAUGCUCCAUAUAGAUUCCAUUCAUAAGCUUAAUAAUAUACUGUACAUUAUUAUUUAU